ACUGAGAGUAGGCCCCACCCUUUGUGUUCCCCCCACAGCCCCGUCAAUCAAAACAGAAAAAAAGCCCCCCAUCAGACACUUAUCGCGGUUGAACCGGCAAUCAAACCGAGGCGCGUGGUCAUGCAACGGUGGCGCGUGAUGAGCUAGACUUUCCCGCCCUUCCGACGAGUCCCGCCAUGACCGCCCCAGAGCAGCCCGUGAAACCGGAGGAAAUGGCUGACGCGGACAGCGGUCACGGCGACUUCCUGCAGCAGGACCACGGCAGAGGAGACCAGGACGCCCAGCCGUCGCCGCUCGACAUGCUGGCGACGACGUGCAGCAAGGUGGGCUCCCCGUCGUCCGAGGUGGAGAAAGAUGUGCAAUCAGACCUCGCCUCCAUCCAGCUCACGGGGACGGAGUCCUGGGAGGUGUUGACCCCCACCACCAAGGAAGAUUCCGGAAUGAUCCAGAUCCAGAACCAGGGCAUCCUCACGUCCAACGGCCAGUACGUGGUCCCCCUGCACAACCUCCAGGGCCAACACAUCUUCGUUACGUCGGGAGCGGACGGCUCCUCCGCCAACACAGUGCCUAACAUCCAGUACCAAGUCAUUCCUCAGCUCCAGACGGCCGACGGCCAGCUCAGCUUCUCCUCGGCCGGCGUGGACGGAGCCACGCUGGGUCAGGACUCGGCGGGGCAGAUCCAGAUCUUGCCCGACGGCAGCCAGGGCAUCAGCGUCUCGGCGGCCGACAUGCUGGCCACCACCCAGAGCCUGGUGUCGCAGGCGGGCCACCUCGGGCAGCUGCAGGGGGUGACCAUCGACGGCUCCGCCUUCGGCCACCAGGGCCAGGUGGUCACCAACGUGCCUAUGGGUCUGCCGGGGAACAUCACCCUGGUGCCCCUCAACUCCCUGGAGCUGGACUCCCUGGGGCUGUCCUGCGCCCAGACCAUCGCCACGGGGAUGACGGCGGACGGGCAGCUGAUCCUGGCCAGCCAGCCCGGGGACGGCUCGGAGGGCGGGGCCCGCCCCGGCGAGCAGCUCACACAAACUCUGACUGUCGGCGACCUGAACGCCGCUCAGGAGAUGUACGUGCCGGUGUCGUCGGCGUCGGCGGCGCAGCCCGGCUCGACGGACGGCUCGGUGCUGAUGACGCAGAGCACGGCGCUGUCAUCCAUGUCCGUGGGGGGGCAGGCGGACUCCGGCCUCCACGAAGUCUUCAUCCAGCAGAACCAUGCGCAGACCCUAAACGCAUCCACGCCCCAGACCGUUCUCCAGCUCCAGCCAGAGCCAGCCCAGUCGAGCAACGGGCAGCAGGUGAUGCAGUCGGUGGCGGGCGACCAGAACCUGCAGCUCAUCAACCCGGGGACCUUCAUCAUCCAGGCCCAGACGGUGUCGGCCUCCGGGCAGAUCCAGUGGCAGACCUUUCAGGUGCAGGGCGUCCAGAACCUGCAGAACCUGGGGCUGCCCACCUCGCAGCCCCAGCAGAUCACCCUGGCCCCGAUGCAGACCCUGUCCCUGGCCGGCGGCCAGGUGCCCAACCUGCAGACGGUGACGGUCAACUCCAUCGUGCAGCAGGAGGGCCACAGCCCCGGAGACAUCCAUAUAAAAGAAGAGCCUGACUCUGAGGACUGGCAGCUGGGGACGGACUCCACGCUGAACACCAGCGACCUGUCCCACCUCCACGUCCGGCUGGUGGACGAGGACGACCCGCUGGGCCAGGAGGGCAAGAGGCUGCGCCGGGUGGCCUGCACCUGCCCCAACUGUAAAGAGUCGGGCGGCAGAGGGUCGAACAUGGGGAAGAAGAAGCAGCACAUCUGCCACAUCGCCGGCUGUGAGAAGGUGUACGGCAAGACGUCCCACCUGCGGGCGCACCUGCGCUGGCACUCCGGGGAGCGGCCCUUCGUCUGCAGCUGGAUGUUCUGCGGGAAGCGCUUCACGCGCAGCGACGAGCUGCAGCGCCACCGACGCACACACACAGGCGAGAAGAAAUUUGUGUGCUCCGAGUGCUCCAAGCGCUUCAUGCGGAGCGACCACCUGGCCAAGCACAUCAAGACGCACCAGAACAAGAAGGGGGGCGUGGCCUCGCUGGAGUCGGCGGGCUCCUCGGACGGCAGCAUCAUCGCCACGACGACGGGCGGCACCACACUCAUCCUCACCAACAUCCAGCAGGGCUCCAGCCACGCCCAGGACCUCCUGGCCAACGCCGAGAUGCCCCUGCAGCUGGUCUCCGUGGCGACGGCCGGCGACGCGAUGGAGUGACCGCCGCGCUCGUCUCCCAUUUUGUUUCCUUGACCCCGCCCCCUCCGCCCGCCCCGCCCACAGACAGACUGCUUAAUUACGUUCCCCUUCGACUUCCUGACUGCUUUUUUUAAAGGAACCCCGGUCAGGAACAUGUUCUAUGAAUACACAUAUAUAUAUUUUAACACGUAAGCUAAGGGCUUGAUGUCCGCGAGCAGUCUGGGUUUCUGUUAUGUUUUUCUUUUUACCGGGCAAAGAGUACAGUAGUGGCAAAAAAAAACCGAAGACCCCGCGGUGUCAUGUGUUUCCAAGGAGAUGCCUUAUUUUGUAAAACGCUGUGUCGCGUGGCACCUGAACACGGGGCCGUGGUAUGUUUUUGAAGAUGCUAAUUUGUUCACAUGUAUUUUGAAGAAAAAUCGUAGAGAAAACGAGCGGUACCGCGGUUCGAACAACGUCCUCGUACGGACGUUAUGCCUUUAUUGACAAUAACCUUGGCGAGCAAGGUCCGUUUUCACACGCGGCUGAUGAAUAGCGAAGGUCAAGCUUUUCAUGUCCAGAUUGUGUCGUCAUGCAAACCUAUCGAUGUUGUUAUUGGCGUUUCUACAUAAUGCAUUUCUGUUUUCGUUCUGUUUCUCGUGCCCCCUCAACACCGCGCUCUUCUUGUAGUCGUAGCGCUCACUAACGAAUGUCCGACUCUGC